AUGGCGUCCACCUCUCCACAAAGAUACGUUCAACCCAGAAACCGACCCUUAAGGACAAUACAAACAUCUAGUGAUAUGAUGCAGCUCAUGCAAGAAGCUUUUCAGGGAGACAUGAUACAAGAAUUCUUGGCUGAAUUCUUAAGUACAUAUGUCAUGAUGGUGUUUGGUUUGGGGUCUGUGGCCCAGAAGGUUCUGGGAGGCAGUAAUUAUGGGACAUACCUCACCAUCAACUUGGGAUUUGGCUUUGGGGUUGCCAUGGGGAUCCACGUGGCUGGGGGAAUCUCUGGUGCCCACAUGAACAGUGCUGUUACCUUCUCAAACUGUGUCCUGGGUCAGACACCCUGGAAGAAAUUUCCUGUCUACGCAAUGGGACAGUGCUUUGGAUCCUUCUUAGCAUCGGUUACCAUAUAUGGCCUCUACUACGGGGCACUCUUACGGUUCACAGACGGGAAUUUGACAGUAACUGGACCCCAGGCAACUGCAGGCAUCUUUGCUACUUACCCUGCCUCACACAUGUCUCUGUGGAGGGGAUUCAUAGAUGAGCUAUACAUAACUGGACUACUCCAGCUAUGCCUGUUGGUCAUUGGUGACAAAAAGAACAGCCCAGCUCUACAAGGGACCCACGCUUUGGUCAUAGGUAUCCUCGUGGUCACAAUAGGACUGUCACUGGGCAUGAACACGGGUUACGCCAUCAACCCAACCAGGGACCUGCCCCCAAGGAUCUUCACAUCCAUAGCAGGCUGGGGCAAAGAAGUUUUCACAGCAGGAGACUACUGGUGGUGGGUCCCCGUGGUUGCCCCAACCUUAGGAGGUCCCUUGGGAGCCAUUGUCUACCUAAUCUUUGUUGGAUUCAGCACUCGUCUUCGGAACCAAAAUGUAAGGAUACAAGACUAA